AUGUCGAUCCUUACUCCUACCCAACAACCUGCCUCUUCUACCUCCGACCAGGAUCCCUCAACCACCAUGGGUCCUGCAGAUGAGCUCCUUGACCUGCAGCGGCAUCAGCUGGUCACGCAGCUGCUAAGUGCUAUGGAAGAGCCUGAAACCACUUCGGCUACUAGCCCAAUCAUGGACUUGUCGGACGCCGUGUACAGAUUUGAUCCUUUUAGCGAAGAGGCGGCCAAGUAUGACAGCGAUAAGAAUGACGACCUGAUCAACCAGAUCAAUUGGGAAGACCCUUCCUCCUUUUUCGAGAACCUGAACCUGCCCCGACCGCUGUCUUAUCCGAGUGCAGAUGAGGUCCGCAAAGAGAGCUACGAGAGAUCCACUAAGGUCUUGUCGGCCUGGGAAUCUCUGAGCAAGAUUGUUGAACGUCAUGAAGACCGCAUCCAGAAGCGAUGGCGCCAGAAAUCGCAGCCUAAGCGCCGCCAGGUCCUUCUCGCCAUUUGGCCGGAUGUGCCCAAGAUGCAUCGUCCUGAUUUCCAUGCCUUCAAGAGAGGUCUGCGGGAGGAGGCGCGAGACUCCUAUCUCUGGCCUUAUAUCAACCUGGAGGACUUGGAAAAGCCAAGACCCUUGCUUUUGUUCCUCAAUGCCCGUGGCCGCCAGCACCCGCGCAGUUUCGUGCACGCCGAUUUCAAUGCCCAGGAUCUUGGCCAUGGCUCCGGCGUGGUGAGAAGCGCCUUUCUCAACCUGCAUACGAUGAUGUUUACCGGAGGAACCACCCCGGAAACAUACGGAAGGCUGAUACCCUGGGGCGAGAGCAUGGACAACGAGGCGAUGAGAUGGGCGUCUAAUGGGCAAGGAUUCCACCCUGGGUUUGGUUUGCUGGCCCUGGAAAUCCAACAGCGACUGUAUGAGUUUCUUCUGGAGUGCUGCUACCAACUGCUUCAUGACAUUCCUCGGGAAUCUCUGAUUGCCGAUUUCCCGGUGCUCCCGGAGCUCACGGUCAAAGACGAGGGUGAUUGGACUUCACUAACCGCCAUUGCGGGGGACGCACCUUAUCGUCUUCCGGCCAGCCUGGACCUGCAAUCGCUUGAGGAUCUGGUCGAUGCGAAAUACUCUGCGGCAGAGGACCAUCUCUUAGCACUACGCGAAGACCCUGGAUACUUUGCCGAUGUUGUGAAUCACUAUCGGGAGCACCGCCAGGAGAUUCUUCGAGAUACCAACGGAAAACUUCAUCCAACCCUGAAUCCGUACCCUCAUACUCUGUUCUGGAAUCGUGUUCUGCAGAAUGUGGUCGCGGAAGCUUAUCUAGGCCUCGAAACAUGGGACAGUCUUCGCGCGCUUCUCACCAACCUGCGUCAACUUCAAUCCAAAUAUGCGGACCGCAUUUCUCCAGAAAAGGAUCUCCCGAAGGAGUUCUACGAUGAACUCGUCAAAGUUCGUUACUUCCUCGAGCAACUUACCUCCGGCCCGGUUGGUCAACUGAAAGCUGCCGUCCCUGCCUCCCCACCGUUGCGAUCGCUAUUUGAACGAGAACCCCAAAUUCCCGGAACCUCGAAAAUGCGAGUGUCGUCGCGGCCGCACCGAACCAUGACCGAUGCUCAAAGCGAGCUGCUGUGGAUACUCGAAACUCUUUGGGGCGAUAGUCGGAUCUUACAACUUGCUGGUCGAAAGACUCUCAUGGAUAUACUCGAUCGUCUGGUUCAAAGUGACCCGAAGAAUCGCGACCUGAUUUCUUCACGAGUUGCUAUUAUUGUUUCCGACCUGUCUGUCCUCUCUGAAUGUCUGUACCAGAUCGAACUUUAUCAUCCUUCGGCGGCAACAUUCGAAAGUGGCUUCGCCGGCCGAUCAGAGGAGAUAAGAAAAGCAUACGCCGCCAUGGUCAGAGGCUGGGAGAAAUUCCUCAUUCCUUUUGAAGGUACCCGUCUCGGAGAUAUCGGUGCGCCAGAAAAGGAUCUUUUCUAUUACCCUGUUGAAAAACGACGGAAUAAACAGAAUGUCGAACUCAUGCAAUUUGCGGAGCGGAAUUUGGACGCCUUCUGGGCCGUUGUCGACAGACAUAUACCCGUGAAGCGCGGAAUAACACGACGCAACGCGACCUAUCUCGCGCUUUCCCGGAUUUCCGGAAAGCUUCAGAGAACGGCGGAUUGGGUCGAGCCGGCCAAGAAACCAUCGCAGAAGAAACCAUUCGAUCAAAACGUUGCAGAUCGUCAAUUUGAACUGGAGUACCGCAGCGAGAAAACCACUGACUCAUCCGCACCCACAGGGCCCAAAAAGAAACAGAAAGCUCGCGGAAAGGCCGCUGUUUCUGAAACCCCCGUCGAACCAGAACCAGGACUCCCACCGCAGGUCGAUACCCAGCCCACCUUCCACGUCGACAAACGAUCUUUGAAAGUUUUCCCGACGCUGUUCUUCCAGCCGUCGCAAACCGCUCAGCCAGGAGAGGUUGCCCGGAAUGACUUCCUUUACGCUAUGGGUGGUACCGCAUUUUCUGUACAAAAGCUGUACGGUUCGGUGUGGCAGUUUACUCCGAGGAAUUUGGACGUCGAGCGCAGCAUUCAGUUCCACGAACCGCAUCCUGUCGCUAAGAUCCCUUUCCAAUAUGCGAGGCGGAUUGGACGACGGUUGAGUCGGACUUAUGGUUGGCAUGGAGGGAUGUUUCCUCCUGUUUAG